AUGGAUUCUGAAGCUUUGCGUGAGAGCGAAAGUCUACUUGGUAAUAUAACGGAGAACGAUAUACUCGGCAACAUGGAAGAAAUAGAUUUCGAUAAUUUGGAUCUAAAUGAGCUGCUGGACGGUGAUGAGGAUGAUGAUGAUGACGAGGCACUAGACAAUGUCCUUGGCGAUAGAAUGGGAACUGCGGCCCUCGAUAACACCCAGGUAAAUAUCAUGACUUCACAUGGCGGUGCCAUGCGACAACAGAUGUUGUAUGCCGGACAACAACAACAGCAGCAGCAGCAGCUGGGCGAUACACUGGGCGUUGAGCGGGUAAAUCAGGCAACUGAAAAAUGGGAGGAGGAUGAACCACUGGGUGAACGUGCGACAAAAGCGGCCGUUUUGUAUGCGAAUAUCAACUAUCCGGAAUGGAAGGAGCAGUAUCCCGAAUGGCCGGAACGUGUGAAGCACAUCCAUCGUAUGUGGAGAUCCCUGGACGCCAACAGCCGACAGCAGUACGUGAACAAGGCCAGGGAAAAUCGAGCGAAUAGAGUAAAGCAGCCAAGGGCAAAACGCGUUUCUGCAGUGGCAUCAGUUCCCACUGGCGUUGUUCGAGCUAUUGUUGGUGUAAAUCGAUUUGGAUUGCAGCCUGGGCAAGAUCCUUUGAGAGGAUAUUGUCGUCCUGAGACAGAAUUAGCUACCUAUAAUGAACUUUUCAAGGUUCCAUCAAUGCCAUAUGCUGGGAACGAAUGCAUGGUUCGAAAUCGAAUGGAUAUGUCGGGAGUUCCCUCGGGUGUUCCCAUGAAUCAGCAUUCUGGCGCACCUCAGCAAUUUUAUUGUCACUCCGAGCAGGCUAUUGAAAACGAUCUUGCACGGAUGCGGAAACAAAAGAAAAAUCUUACGGCGAAACGACGGCAACUCAACAAAAACAAUCAGCAGUUUGACGCUCACGGGCAGCGUGUAGAAAUUGAGCUCAAUGAAGCUGACAGGUGCGUUUUACACACACACAAACAUACACCGGUAAUCAGUGGCGUCAAAUUUUUGUAG